AUGGCGGAAAAUGAGAGGAUGUACAUCUCCUAUAAUAAUAUCCACAAGCUUUGUCAAGGAGUGGCCAAGCAUAUCUUAGUUAGGAAUGAAAGACCUGAUAUUAUUAUUGCGAUCACUGGUGGUGGCAUGAUUCCUGCAAGAAUUAUCAGAUCGUUUCUGAAGAAUAAAGGCCAAAAGAAUAUUCCAAUUCAGGCUAUUGGUUUAUCUUUGUAUGAAAAUUUAGGAUUGGAUAAUAGUGUAGAAACUAUCGGUAAAGAGGUCAUCAGAACGCAAUGGCUAGACUUUGGCGCUCUGAACCAACAUUUUGAUUCCUUAAUUGGUAAAAAAGUUUUAAUUGUCGAUGAAGUUGAUGAUACUAGAACUACUCUCCAUUAUGCUGUUUCUGAGUUGGAAAAAGAAAUUGCUGAACAACAAAGAAUUUUAAAUAGAAUGAACGAAGACACGAUUUUUUCUAUCUUUGUUUUGCAUAAUAAAAACAAGCCAAAGAGAGCUGCGUUACCGGACUCCAUGAUGAAUUCAGGGCGUUACAUUGCUGCACAAACCGUUCCUGACAAGUGGUUGUGUUAUCCUUGGGAUGCUGAAGACAUCGACGAGCAUACAGUACUCGCUAAAGCUCAAGGUAACGACUAG